AUGUUACCCGAGUCGGACAUCUGUGAAAAAGAAAAAUCAGGAAGUAUUUCAACAUCUGCACGUGUUAUGCCCUCCAGACAACAGCCGGUCAUACUUGUCCAUGGAAUCACAAACACUGCAGCAACAUUCGAAGGACAAAGGCAACACCUUCUAAAGUCAGGGUGGAGUAACGCGGAAGUCUACGGUACCACAUAUGGCGAUGGUGGGAAAACGCCAGCUCCUCUUGUCGACAUGAAGUUCGGUGGUUUAUUCAAGGCUGUAGCGGAAUUUACGAUGCGGCGGGUUGAUGUCAUAGCAUACUCCAUGGGUUCUCCAGUCGCUAGAAAGGUAUGUUGA